AUGGAGGCAACUGGCUUUUGGGGAGAAAUUGAACGUUCUGAGAGCUGUCGAAAGGAAUAUGCAUUAGUUUCAGAUUUUUCGAUUGCUCAUUGUGUUUUCGUUGGCUGUGUAUAUAGCUACCUCGUCUGCUCUAUGUAUCAAGAGGCAGAGUCGUUAUCUUCCUCCGUACUGAAACAGAUAUUUGGCAACAUUGAUGCUUUGUCUGAGGAAGCUCUUGGUGCUCAUCAAUUGCAUGACAUGUUGGAAUCUACUGGCAUGGUUUUAGUCCAAUCCUUGCAUGGACUCGGCAGGACAGCUGAGAUUGUAAAUGAGUUAAGACAAGUGUUUGGUGAUUUUGCAGCUAUUCCUGUUCAAGUUCUUCUCACUGGAAUUUGCCUUCAAAUAUCAAGUGGUUCCUACUUGGGUGUACGUGAGAUUCUGGAAGAGUUCUUUAGCACAUGGGUUUACAAGGACAACCGCUAUAUCAUAAACGAUGCUGGAGUCAGUGCAAAAAGAUUUCACGGGAAAAUAUCUUUGGAUGUUGAUGAGUAUAUGGAAGCUGUGGAGCUGUAUACCUUUGGAGUUGUUGGGAAAGUUUCAAACGACAUGGGACUAGCCAUUUCAUGGGUUGAGAAAGCUGCAUUGCCUGAAGAAAGACGACAGGGGCUUUUGAGAAGAUUGCGCUCUUUGGUUUUUCUCAAAUCAGAGGCUAGUUCUUUCGAGGAAGAUUCUUCUAUUGCUGGUGUGAAUAACAAGAAGUCUUUGGCUAAUGACAAAAAUGAUGAGAUUGAUUCUGUCCUGAAACUCUCUAAACAACAUGAACCUUGGUCAUCCAAUCCUCUAAGCCUAAAGCUUGGUAAUACACGAUAUAGCAUGUCCAGGGGAAAAGUUGCCAUAACCCUCGUUGGAUUAAUCAUAUGUUAUGCUUUGAAGAGAAAACGAGCUGCUUUGAUAAGGAUCAUUCGCAGACAAAUGGAGUCCACGAAGAAAGCAAUUGUAGAUUUCUGGAAGCUAGCGUUUUCAUACCAAGUGAAUCCUCUUGCAGCUAUUCAGUCCAUACCAAGCACCGCAACAUGA